CUCUGAGAAAUAUUAGGGAAAACAACAAGGCGCCAAAUUUUAACAAAGUUACUUAAUUGACCGGCUGCUUUCAUUGAACAGAAGAAGGUGACUGCCAAAAUAAAAAGUUCGUAGCCGGAUCCAACACUUCCAGCCUUGUUCCUCCAGAGGAAUCCGACAGUUAUAUACCUACAGGCUCCGAGAGACACAAACAGGAACGAUUUGGAGGAAUACACAACUUCAGUCUGGUUUGGAUCUCGGCAUCCCAAAGGUCUCCUACAGAUCCUUUGAUAUUGGGGCUCGGGGUCGGGCCCAGGGGGAGCCGCCACCAUUGCGUCCAACGAGUGGAGCGCCAACGGUAGCCCAGAAGAUGGGCUGGACGGGGACAACGAGGACAAGACCAUGGACGGGGACGCCGAGGGCGUGUGGAGCCCGGACAUCGAGCAGAGCUUCCAGGAGGCCCUCGCCAUCUACCCUCCCUGUGGCAGGAGGAAAAUCAUCCUGUCAGAUGAGGGAAAGAUGUAUGGUCGCAAUGAAUUGAUAGCGAGAUACAUCAAACUGAGGACAGGCAAAACCCGAACAAGAAAACAGGUGUCUAGUCACAUACAGGUGUUAGCGCGGAAGAAAGUUCGCGAAUACCAGGCGGGUAUAAAGGCAAUGAAUUUGGAUCAGGCAUCUAAAGACAAAGCCCUGCAGAACAUGGCAGCGCUGUCGUCUGCACAGAUCGUCUCACCGAGCAUGAUUAAGAAUCACCUUCCACCACUGCCUCCGGCCCCCUACCAGCCACCCAGAUUCUGGUCUGGUCCAAUCCCAGGACAGCCUGGGCCCUCUCAGGAGCUGGUUCUAGAUCUCAACCCGGGAAGGACUCCUGGGCUUGGUCGCACCAGCCAUGCUAUCAAACCUUUUGCACAGCCACCAUACCCAAGCCUAUCAGGUCCUGUACCACAAUCCAUACCAAGCUGUCCAGGUUAUGAGCCCUUGGCGCCUCCCCCUGCACCAACUGCGACCGCGGUACCAGUGUGGCAGGACCGGACCAUCGCCUCCUCUAAGCUGCGGAUGCUGGAGUACUCGGCCUUCAUGGAGGUCCAGAGAGACCCAGACAAUUACAGCAAACAUCUGUUUGUCCACAUUGGACAGACCAACCCCUCCUACAGCGACCCGCUCCUCGAGGCCGUGGACAUCCGGCAGAUCUACGACAAGUUCCCCGAGAAGAAGGGCGGGCUCAAAGAGCUUUAUGAGAAAGGCCCUCAAAACGCUUUCUUCCUAGUGAAAUUCUGGGCGGACCUGAACAGCAGCGGCAUGCAGGAUGGCCCUGGUUCUUUCUACGGUGUCAGCAGCCAGUACAGCAGCAUCGAGAACAUGACGAUCACCGUUUCAACCAAAGUCUGCUCGUUUGGGAAGCAGGUUGUCGAGAAAGUAGAGACGGAGUACGCUCGCCUGGAGGGAGGAAAGUGUGUUUACAGGAUCCACCGCUCUCCUAUGUGCGAGUACAUGAUCAACUUUAUCCACAAACUCAAACACUUGCCUGAAAAGUACAUGAUGAACAGUGUUCUCGAAAACUUCACUAUCCUACAGGUGGUGACAAACCGCGACACCCAGGAGACCUUGCUCUGUAUAGCCUUUGUUUUUGAGGUUUCCACAAGUGAACACGGAGCUCAGUAUCAUGUCUACAGACUUGUCAAAGACUAACAGCUCUUCAGGGAGGUUUUUGGAAAAGCCAGACUAAAGCGUGACACAAUCUCUCUUCAACCAGCUCAACCAUCCAGGAAAAACUAGAAUAAAAACAUUCAAACAAUGCUAGAACGAACUAACAAGGACAGAAUUUAUGCUUUUUAAAAAAAAAAAAGUCUCAUACACAAGGAAAAAAAAAA